UUUACACCGCUUAACUAUGGUUACUUUAGCACGCAUUUUAUUCUCUUUUUAUAAGCCGACUUAUUAUUUCGCUAUAAAUUGAACCCAUUAACACGAAGUCAUUCUAUUGGAAAAUAUUUGGUUUUUGCACGCAUUAGCGAGAAAGUUUUGAUUAGUUAUUUGAAACGUUAAAAAAGCGAAGAAUUUAGGGACGGUAAGAAGUAAUCGACAGACAAGGUACAUGGUUGAUAUAGACAUUCAGAUUCCUGCUGCUCUUGACCCGUUUGCAGAGGUUGAUUCGGGGGCUCCCGGUGUGAAAGAGUAUGUGCAUAUACGAAUUCAACAACGGAAUGGAAAGAAAAGCUUGACUACUGUUCAAGGUCUGAAAAAGGAUUACAGCUACGAGAAAAUUCUGAAAGAUCUGAAGAAGGAAUUUUGCUGUAAUGGAAAUGUGGUUCAGGAUAAAGAGCUAGGCAAAGUUAUUCAGUUGCAGGGUGAUCAGCGCAAGAAAGUUGCUAAUUUCCUUGUUCAGGCUGGCCUUGUCAAGAAGGAACAUAUUAAGAUUCAUGGUUUUUAGGUUUCCGAUUAUUGGGCUCAUGUUAUGAGAUACAAACCAGAAUUUAUUGUGUCUCUUUUACUUUGAAAUACUGUUUGUUUUCCCUUUUGAUGUUUGUGGUUUCUAGUUGUGUUUCCUUCAAAGUUGAAUGCUUCUCCUUUGAUGCCUUGUAUUCAGCUUACAAACUUAGUAAUGAAUAAUUGUUUUUCUGGA